AUGGUCCUCGGAAACGAUGUCGACCAACCUCCAGAAGCCGUCCUGUCGAACGAAAGGGGCGAAAGGGGCGAAAGGGGCGAAAGGGGCGAAAGGGGCGAAAGGGGCGAAAGGGGCGAAAGGGCGAACCGGACGAACCGGACGAAACGAACCCAGCGAGUCAAGGCGAAUGCAGUCACUUGCUCAAGGAGCACAAUUGUCACGACGUUGGGUCAUGGACCAAUAUUCAAUCAAUGCGUCUCUGCAUCGGCUCAGCUCCGUUUGGAGCAGGUCCGUAGCCGGCACCACGUACAGGAUGAAGAAUGCGUCUUAGCCGACCUCAUCCCAGCGAUUAUGUCCGCGGGAAGCGACUUUCGUGACCCUCGUCAGCAGCCCACACAUAAGCGGCGACCGCCCUCUUUCAUCUACAGAAUCACAUUCAGCUUUCUGGUCAAGAAGCAGGCGCGUAACGCUUUCGUGGCCAUGCCUUGCAGCCCACGAAAGCGGCGUCCGACGAACGGCGGCUUCGACGAAUUGAUGCUGAGACCCUCUGAUUUGCACGAAUGGACAUUCUAUGUCGACGAGCCAUUGAUUGCCCUGCUCGCAAACUGCAACCUCAUGAAUCUGAUUAUCUGGGGGUUUCCCACCAAGGUGGAUGUGAAGGGUUCCCUCAAGCGUUGUUCGGAACUUGUUAAAGUCUUCUGUGAGGAUGUGACAUUGUGUCCACCUUUCGUCAUCGGUUGGUGUCUCCAAUAG